AUCUUGAGUUGUUCGGUGUGUUCGGUGAAAUGCGAAGGGUUAAUUGGAUGUAACCUUCAAAUUUUCUCCUCAUCAGUCUUGAUAAAAAUAAGUUCAAACUUUAUGCUUUUAAAUGUAUCUUUACCUUUUAUACUAAAUACCUAAAUUUAUAAUCUUUAGUCAUUCCACUGCUCAAAAUGUCUACUGUAAUAAGAUCGCGAUGUGUCAAUAUAGCUAAAAAAUUUCUUGCCAUUGAAUCGUUGAGUAAUGUUUCUUAUUCGGCAGAAAGAGCUUCAUUUCGUUUUCAGUUACACACAUCGGCCUUUCUAAAUGUCAAAGGAAUGGAUAUCAAAAUGCCUUCCUUAUCACCAACUAUGACUAUGGGUACAAUUGUAAAAUGGCACAAAAAAGAAGGUGAUCCCAUUGCUCCAGGAGAUGUUCUGUGUGAUAUACAAACUGACAAAGCCGUAAUGUCAUUCGAAACUGAAGAAGAAGGCAUUUUAGCUAAAGUGCUGAUUCCCGAGGGUACUUCGGACGUUCAAGUGGGCGCUUUAAUAGGAUUGAUCGUAAACGAGGGUGAAGAUUGGAAAAGCGUGGAGUUACCCAGUGAUUCGGAAUCGAGUAUUGCUAGUGAAGCCUCGUCUGAAUCGACCAACACUGCUACUGAUGAAGAACUUGGAAUUCAACGUGUUUUAAUGCCAUCUCUUUCUCCUACCAUGAGCGAAGGAACUAUUGUGAAAUGGUGCAAACAAGAAGGUGAUCCUGUGGCACCAGGUGAUGUACUUUGUGAAAUACAAACCGACAAAGCUGUCAUGUCAUUCGAAACAGAAGAAGAAGGAAUCUUAGCCAAAAUAUUAGUCAAAGAAGGUACAGCCGGUGUUCAAGUGAAUUCUAUGAUUGCUGUAUUAGUUCCGGAAGGAGCAGAUUGGAAAAAUGUGAAAGUACCUUCUUCUAGCGCUCGUCCAGCUGCGUCUGCUGAGAAAGUAGCCGAAAAAUCUCCUAAAGAACCCGCUUCAGCGCCUUCUCGCGAUCAUUUAUCUUACGGACCAGCUGUUAGAAUACUUUUGGAAUUAUAUCAAAUCGACGGUUCCAAAGUGACAGCUACUGGUAGAAAUAAGAAAAUAUUAAAAUCAGAUGUCUUAAAUUAUGUUACCGCCAAUAAGUUGCAACCAAAACCUCCAACUCCUGUUCCAUUGCCGAAAAAAAGUUCCGCAUCAACUGCGGUGGAUGAAGUUACCUUCACGAGAAAAACGUUCGAAAAAUAUACAGAUAUCGAAUUAUCAUCAAUGAGAAAAACUAUUGCUAAUAGAUUAACGAUAUCCAAGACAACCAUUCCUCAUGCGUACGCUACAGUUACCGCUGAAGUUGAUGACCUAUUGUCGUUGAGAAAACAGAUGAAAUCUGCCGGUGUAAAUGUUUCCGUUAAUGAUUUUGUAAUUAAAGCAGUCGCUUUAGCAUUAAAGCAAUGCCCGCAUGUUAAUAAGUUGUAUAUCAAAGAUGAGGUUGUCGAUAAUUCCGCUAUAGAUAUAUCGGUAGCAGUUGCAACCGACUCCGGUUUAAUUACACCCAUUGUAAAGCAAGCUGAUCAAAAAAGUGUAGAUGAAAUUUCGGCCGAAAUAAAAGAAUUAGCGAAAAAAGCUCGUCUCGGUAAAUUGCAAUUACACGAAUUCCAAGGGGGAAGUUUCACAAUCUCGAAUUUGGGUAUGUUCGGGAUUUCGGAAUUCAGUGCUAUAAUAAAUCCUCCUCAGUGUGCCAUUUUAGCCGUCGGCGGAGGACGUCAGUUUGUUGAUAUCAAUAAAAAUGCCAAAACCAAAAUGACUUCUACUUUAUCAUUCGACUCCCGCGCUAUUAGUGAAUCAGCAGCUGCGGAUUUCUUAGAAACCGUUCAAUGGCUCUUACAAAACCCAGUCAAUAUUGUCAUUGGAGCUAGUAAAAAAGCAGCUGCGAGAAGUGCCUAAUUUCGAGCAUUCUCUCCCAUUCGCUCACUGAUCAGCGAAAAAUGAAAAAAGAAAAGAUAUCUGUUAAAUUAUUUAAUAUGUAACUUAAUUUGUUAUUGUCGUUAUUGUUGCUUGAUUGUUGCGAUUUGUGUUACAAAAUGUACGCUUUUUAAAUGUUGAAUAAUAUAACAACGAAGUAAAAUAUUUAUUUUUGUUGAAAUAGUGUACGUAUAUUGCAUAAUGUAGUUCGGAAAUAACAUCGAGACGAGAUGAUAAUCUUCGUACUGUCGUCUUCGCUGACUAUGAUUUUGAAAAUGUCUUUAAAAUUGGCUCGAAAAAUUAUACGUCUACCAUUUGUGUGUAGUUUUCUACUUUUA